AUGGAAUGUUUAGAAGCAAUGAUUGAAAAUAUUACAGAAUUUCAUUCGCCAUAUUUAGAAUUAAAAGCUGCUGGAAUACUUGAUAUUCUUAUUCAUAAGUAAAUCGAGUCUUUUUUUAAUUAGAAAUUCUUAUGAAAUCUAUGCAGAAUGAAUGGCAAUUUGUGGAGGAGAAUUUACUUCUUUAAUCCUUGUAAAGAGAAUUAUUUCUAAGAAUAGUUGGUGCAAUUCGUAGUGCUCAGUACUAUGUCGUGCUGCUGAGUAUUACAGAGAUGUAUGGGACCAAGGUCUUUUUCAUUCCGAUCUCAAUUAUGGUCUCGGCUCAGAGAAAACUAUUUCAAUAUUUAUUCGUAUUACAUCCAGAAAAGCCUUCAAUAUUCGUUUUUUUUAUUAUUUAGUUGUCGACGAGUACUGUUUUGGGUCAUCUAUCUUGGAUUAUGCUCAGAGAGAUAUGAUUUAUAAGAUAAUUCGCUUAAAACUAUAAUCUUUAAUUUCGGUUAGGCGAAGUUUUUACCUCGUAGUCCUAGUCCUGUACAUCUCUAGUAUCGUCUAUUGAUAGAAAUAAGAUUCUGUAUAAGGACGGAUGAGGUAAACUUCGGUUCGAUCCAAACAUUUCUCUAACCCAUAUUUCUUUAUUGACUAUUUAAAUCUAUAUGAAUUUCAUAUGUUGGUUUUUUUUUUUGGAAUAAGAUCAGUUAGAGUUAGUCAACAUUAGUAUGGUGUCAUGAUCUUUUGAAAAAGAAUUUUUUCUUUCGUAAUGAAUGCGAGAAAAGUUUUCUAUGAUUGAAGAGUGUUGCAGAUUUGUCAAUAGAACUUGUGUUAA